GCCUGAUGUUCAAGAGGCUCACUGCAGCAGAUCGUCGUUCAGAGUUCACACGUCGUCUUCCUUGGUUUUCUAUUUGAUUUAUUGUUGGAUUUAAACCGAACGUUUUGUUCCACCUCAUGUUUCAAACAUGAAUUCAACUGAAAAGCUUCUCAUCUCCUCGUGCGCUCUUCCUCCGACAGCCCAAAUCCUCACCGUUUGGUUCCCUGGUUUCUGUGUAAACACCCUUUAGGUGUGAGCGUGUGUGCACACGUCUGCAUGAAAUCAUCGCUACAGCAAUAAUAUGGGCAUGCAGUGUUUGCCACAGUGAUGUGGUUUUGUAGAGUCAUUAGCGGAGAGAAGUCGUGAGGAUGACCAGAGGAAGCAACGUCACACAGGAAGUUUAUCUCCAGUGCAGCUCAUCUGCCCUCAUAUGACUCAGUUCACAAGGAGGAGCUCAGACUGCAGGAACAGGCAACAUCUGCACGGACGGCUGCCGCACAGCUGGCUCUGCUGGAGGAAUGGAGACCCUUAAUUCGUCUAACACCAACAACCAGUCCAACGUUCACAGCAUCUUCACCAAGCAGGUCCUUCCCCCUUUCUAUAUCGCCAUCUUCGUUCUGGGCCUGUGUCUAAAUGUUGUGGCCGCCUGGAUCUUCUUCAGAGUCCCAGCAGACUCUGGUCUGGUGGUCUACCUGAAGAACAUGGUGGUGGCUGACCUGCUCAUGCUGCUCUCCUUCCCCUUCAAGGUGGUUGAUUACUUGGGUUAUGAGAGUUUCGACCUCGAUGUCAUCAGGUGUCGCUACACAGCCGUACUCUUCUACUUCUCCAUGUAUGUUGGAAUCCUCUUCAUCGGCUUCAUCAGCCUUGAGCGCUACGUCAAGGUUGUUUGCCUCUCCCCUUCCUCCUCCACCAUCUCGUCUUCCAGGUCCAGAUUCGGUGUUGUGUCUGUGCUACAGCAUAUACAGAGGGCCACUUUUGCCCGGGUUCUGGCGGUCCUCACAUGGAGCCUGCUCUUCCUGUGCUGUGCCCCCAAUGUCAUACUGACAAGCAAUCUUGAAGAAAAACAGUCUGGGAAAUGUGUGGAUUUGAAGACACCACUGGGCAAGGAGUGGCACAAAGUCUCAAGCUAUAUCAGCGUGUCCUUGUUCUGGAUGACACUUGUUAUUGUGACUUUCUGCUACACAUCAAUCGCUCGCCAGGUGUGCAAGACGUACCGCCGCAUGCGCCGCGACACCAUCGACAUCUGCCGCAAGUCCAACCGCAGCAUCUUCAGCAUCCUGGUGGUGUUCUUCAUCUGCUUUGUGCCAUACCACGUCUGCCGCGUGCCGUUCACUCUGAGUCAGUUCAGCCAUUCAGGCUUCAGCUCAGAUGUCCAAUUUUGGCUUUUCCAGAUUAAGGAGGGAACGCUCUUCUUGUCAGCGAUGAAUGUCUGUCUCGACCCUGUGAUCUACUUCCUGAUGUGUAGGACUUUCAGAAAGUCCCUGCUGAGGAAACUGUCAGUGAGAGCAAGGAGGAAGUCGCUUACCACUGCUCAGAGUCUUAGCAACAUCUAGGAGAAGAGGACAAGGAGUCAGAGGACAAAGAAAUAUUUAGCAGCUAAAGAUAAGGGAAGCAAAAGAAAGAAGGCGGUGAGCAGUGAUGAAAUCCUUGGCGACUACCCAAACUGGACUAUAUGGAGACCAAAACCAGUCCUUAUGGGCUGGUAUCUUUUAGAUCUUUCACUUCUCCACCACACCUGAAUCAACUGAUAAUCUUCCAGAUCAUCAGCUCCAGAUAUUAGCAUCCACUAAGCUUCAAAGGUGCGUAAAACUUGAACUGUGCAGAAGCCGCAAUGAUGGACAUUGUUGCUGAAAUUACGUAGUUUGACUAUAGUGCCGUGUGGACCUUGCAAACGUGCCAAGCUGUCCAGAAAGAAAUCUGAGAUGAUCUGAGCUUUGGAACAGAGUCCAUAAUGCUCCUGGGAGAUCAGAAGAUGGGUCCAUUGUGGCCAUUAAGGACUGAUUAUGGUCCACAACAAUACUCAGAUGGGCCUUAAAGUUUCAGUGCUGCUCAGUUGGUUCCAAGAAAAUAUUCCUCCCUACCAUUAGACCAACACCAGCAGCCUGAACCAAAGCAGAACGGAUCCAGGCCUUCAUGUUUACGCCAAAUACUGACCAACCAGCUGAACCUGAGACUUUCUGGACCGGGAAACUCAUUUGACAUCAGUAACUACUAUUGAUCCGAUAACCUGCUACUCACUAGAUAUUUUCUCUUUUUCAGAACAUUCUCAGAACAUUCUCUCUUAAUCUGAGAGAUGGUUGUGGGUUGAAAUCCUCGUAGAUCAGCAGGCUCUGAAAAACUCAGACCAGCUGUCUUUUUGCUUAGCUUGCAAAAACAGCAAACAUGCCUUUUAUUUAUCUAUGUCACUUUUAUAUUCAAUAAAGCAUUAACUUGUGUUGAA